AUGGCCGCCAUGGAUAUCGACUCGGACAGUUCCCUCUCCGAAGCGCCCGAGGAAGAGGUCAAAAAGCUCGCGCCAAUAUUCAUGAAGGCAAAAAAGGCCACCAAACUUGCCGCUCCUCCGCCUGUGGUCUCUCCUCCCCGGCCUAAACGAGCACCUUCACCACCUCAUGAAGAGGUGUUGGCAGAUAAUCCAGACAUUGCCGUCAGUUUCCCUCCCUUCAAACACUUCAUUGUCAUGUUCAGAUCGCGAUUUCAGGAGGCAUUCUCUAAUAAACUGGCGCAUUUCGGACCGCAGGAUAUUGAGAGGGGUGUGGUGGAUGUUGUACCGGGGAAAGAGAUUGAGAAUCUGCUAUGCGCGCUGCUUGCGUUGGUAUUGAACAGGAAGAAGCCGGUCGAACGAGGACACCAUGGACGCGCUCUCGAGGAAGCCGUGUCUACGCACAAGUCUCAAUGGCCGCUCAAAUGGGAGUUUAAGAACCCACUUCAUGGAGGCAAGGACUUCUCCAACAUGAGUCCGACAGAGAGGUUGAACCUCCUCCGAACGCUCGUCAUCUGGGCUCUAUCCUCCUCGGAAGUUGUCUCGGAGAUGAUCAAGAACAAGUACAAGCAGCAACGCCACAACGACGACGAGAACCAGCCUCUGUCGGUCCAGCCAUGGGGACAGGAUGGUGACAAGCGACGGUACUUCCUCAUUCAAGGACUCGAUGAUACAAGCUUCAGGGUGUACCGAGAAGGUAGUCGACAUACCAAGAACGCUCACUGGUACAGUGUUGCUGGAAACAUCGAGGAGGUUCAGGCGUUGUCGGAGAAACUAGAAAAGAUGGAUGGUACGCAAGCUGCGAGGAGACUGGGCCAAAAGAUCAACAACGCUAUACCCAUGUUUGAAGCCACAGAAGAGAAGCGUCGCCGCCGCGAGUACCGUCAAGAGCGUCGCGCGGCCUUUACAAGACCUGAGCCUGGAUUUGGGAUAUAUGAAGGCCGGACUCGCGGGAAACGUAUGCGGUAUACGUACGAGGAGGGUGACGAGGGCGAUUCUGAUGAUGCGUCGACCCGCCGAUCCACCAGACACCAAUCUGCUCGCAGCACUCCUUUUGAAGCAGGGCCCACAUAUACUGCCAGUGGCAGGCAGAUCAAGCAGCCGCGUACUGGCGAAUAUGGGGAAAGCCUCCUCAGCGGCAACGUCAUGAACGCAGACGAGCUUGGUACCGACUUCGACAACAGCUCUCGAGCGGGGCGUGAGGGAAGCGAUGAGACGGACCCUGUUCGUGGAGGCAGAGCAACCCGGAAUCGAGGUGCCCGACCGCCCAUGAACGACAGCAACUUGAAGAAGCGGAAGCACAUCGAUGGUUACAACUCUAUUGAUGAGAUGAGUGAAGAAGACGGUGUUAGUGGCGAUGGCUGGGAUUCCGAAAAGAACGAAGAGGAUGAACCCAUGCAAGACGCUGCAGAGAUGAGCGAUGCUCAAGAUGCGAGCGAUGAAGGAGAAGAUGAAGAGGGGGAUGUUGAAGAUGACGACGACGCCGGCUCACACAGUCUGAUUGUGACUUUGAAGCUGAAGAACAAGUCUCUGGCGUCUAAUAAGGAAACACCUCCGACUAGUCCUCCGACUCCUGGUCGUUCAAGCACCAACGGCGUUCACCAGCCUUCAGCGGAAACACUGCCGCCAACUCAUGCUCCGAGCCAGCCGAGUUUAACCACCAAGAUCGAAGCAUCUGCAUCGCCUGCUCCGAACGACGUUGCUCCCUCAACCAGCAACGGCUCGACUGAGAUCAAGGUUGAGCAGGCACAUGGAACCUCAACGAAUGGAACCUCUGGACAUGUCCAGCAUCCGUUGCAGCAGGUGGUUAGCGCGGAAGGAUUGAAUUCUUCGGUUUAA